CUUUCCGUUCGCGAAUAGCAAUGAGAUGAUGUUGUGGAAGGUUUCGUGCAUCACGAUCAUGACAGGGAUGAUGGCGGGAGGUCUGUUGGUAAGCUGUGAGCAAGAAAUUGGGGGGCGGGUCGUUUUUGCUAUUUUCAUUGUACGUUCUUGUGCGUGUGUUCAUCGUGGUAGAGUCUUUCAUCAAUCUCAGGGCAGAGCCGAUAGGGGUCUUUUCGUCGCCACCGUGGCUUCAGAACUUCCCACACGUCUAGGACGAUGCGAUGAGAAACGGGAAGUUACCUUCCAACUGCAAUAACAGUUUAUUAUCACUCCCCACAAUUGAAUGAGGGUACCUGCCUGCUGUCUCGAGCCAUCGUGUGGCAUCCCGCUGUCCCAAAGGGUGUAAGACCCACUCGGGGGUGAUGUCAUUGCGUCAUUGAUUUGUAUGACCUCAACACCCAACUGUUUGUCUCUGUACCUACUUCAACGUUCGAAAUCACUGACCAAUUGAAGAAUCUGUUUUUUUUCUUCCUUCCGCACACCAAAUCCCAUCAACCAUCUUCCACGUAUUCGCCAAUCCUAACCCUAUCACAACACAAUCACCCUCACCACACCAUGAUCAGAACAGUCCUUGCCCGACGUGCCAUCGUGCGCAACACCCGCCAAUUCCACAGCACACCCUUCAGACGCGAAGCUAUCAAGAAGGACGGUCCAGAUGGAACCACCUCGACAGCUACCGGUUCCAACAGAUCACUCGUCCUGCUGGGCGCCGCCAUCAUCGGAGUCGCGGGUACAUACAGCAUGAUGAUGGGCAGCCCGAGAACUGUGGUUCCCGACGACACGUCCAAGCAGCCCGUCAGCGGAACAUCACCCACCAGCGCGAGAGCCAACCAGGCGAGCGGGAAGCUUGACCCUAACAACCCCAAAUAAGUUUACCACGAGAAGGAGAAUGCAGGGCGUUGAAAUUGGGACAGUAGAGGAGAGCAAAGCUUGUAUGAUAGAAGUUGAAUUGGGCAUUUUCUGAUGGCAUUGUGGCGGUUUUCUUCAACGGACUGUUGGGGCAGACUGUCAGGUUGUUGGCGACUAAAAGGAUUAUGUUUGGCGUAAUUUGAUUUUACUAUGGAACUCUGAAUGAUGAAAUACACAGGGUGAAGAAUACACAUGAAUGCUCACCGCG